CCCGAAUGCAUUUUGGAUCCUCUUCCUCCCUCUCUCGACUUCCUGUCUUGUCUGCGUGACGGUCUCUCCCCCUUAUUUCGGGCCCCUACUCUCUCCUUCUCGUCACCAUGAGUGCCUCCAAGGCGGAGUCCCAGAAGAUCUUUGAGAAACUCAAACUCAAACCCGCCAACAAGGUAUGCUUCGAUUGCAGCUCUAAGAAUCCUACCUGGUCGUCGGUACCUUUCGGUAUCUAUCUCUGCUUGGACUGCUCGUCCAACCAUCGUAACCUGGGUGUCCACAUUUCCUUUGUUCGUUCCACGAACCUCGACCAAUGGCAAUGGGAACAACUCCGUCUCAUGAAAGUCGGCGGUAACGAGUCUGCUACUAAAUAUUUCCAAUCGCAUGGCGGGUCUGCCGCCCUCGCCAGCAAGGACGCCAAGGUCAAGUACACGUGCAAUGCUGCCGUUAAGUACAAGGACGAACUGAAGAGGCGGGCCGCGCAGGAUGCUCAGCAGUACCCCGGUGAAGUGGAGAUCACGGAUGUCCCCGCAGGCGUUUCGUCGAAUGGCUCCAGCACCCCUGCCGCUGACGAGGAUGAUUUCUUCUCCUCGUGGGAUAAACCGUCCAUCAAGCGUCCCAGCAACCCUCCCUCCCGCACUGGCACUCCUCCGGUUGUCAGCCGAAACGGCACCCCGUUCUUGAACACCGCUGCCGCAGCCAAUGCGAACGGCGCUCGCUCGAAGUCCCCGCUUUCGGCUUCCGAUAAGGAGUCUUCGCCUGCUCCGGCUGCGAUCAGGGCCAGCACUUCUGUCCGAAAGGCUACGUCGGCGGGUCCUGCGAAGAAGACCAGCGUUCUGGGUGCCAAGAAGGCCCCUAAGCUGGGGGCCAAAAAAGUUGGUGGCGCGGAGAUUAUCGAUUUCGACGAGGCGGAGAGGAAAGCCAAGGAGGAGGCAGAGCGCAUCGAGAAGCUUGGUUAUGACCCCGAGGCAGAAAAGGCCGAGGCCGAUGCCAAGAACAAGACCGCCAACACAGGAGCCACCGCCAUUGCCUCCCCGACACCGAUCAGCCCGAGCAAGGGAGGCUUCGGUGCCACCAAGAGCUCCCAGGAGCGAAACUCUAACGACGUUGAGCGUCUGGGUAUGGGCAUUGGACGGCUCGGAUUUGGUCAAACUGUCAGCGCAAAGCCUGCCGCCCCCAAGAAGCUGGGCUUUGGGUCGGUUGGCCCGACUAGAACGGCUGCCGAUGAUGAGGAGAUCAAGCAGAACAAGGAUCGAUUCGGCACCCAGAAGGGUAUCUCGUCGGACGAGUUCUUCGGACGGGAAAAAUUCGACCCCAACGCGCAGGCGGAGGCCAAGGAGCGCCUGCGAAACUUCGAUGGUGCCACUGCGAUCUCUAGCAACUCCUACUUUGGCCGACCUGAAGACGACCUUCCUGCCGCAGACGAUACUUACGGAGACCUGGAAGGCGCAGCAAAGGACUUUGUCCGCCGCUUUGGCAUCACAGCCGGUGAUGAUCUAGAAAACCUCUCGCAGAUCGUUGGAGAUGGAGCCGUUAAGCUGCAAGGUGCCAUCCGCAGCUAUCUGAACAGCUAAAGGGUUUCCGCCUAGUGAAGCUCAUUUUGACCGCACCCGCAAUAUCGCCAGCAUGGAUGCUGCUUUUGUUCUUCCUUCGUCCUUGCUGCCCAGCUCUAUUUUUUAUUUUUGAGUCAUACAUGGCGUUCUCAUCAUUCGUAUUCCCCCAAAUCAGCCUACAUUCUCAAUCCAAUGCAAUCGACAACGAAGGCCACCACUAUAAUCACUGUCUAUUGAACGGUGGCUCUUGCAGAGUCUAAGACCAAUCCCUCCGUCUUGUCUCGACUCGAUCAUGUUUUAAGUUGGUUGCUUUUACUUUUAUUCCAUUUCCCCUGUUUAGUUGCCUUUGUGGUUUUGAGUUAAUUGAAAAUCAUUAAAUUGGCAUUCCCCAAGCUCCUGUUUCUAUUUGUGACGAUUUCCUGUAUAUUCUUUCAAUCUAAGUAGGCUUGGUCUUGCUAGGAGUUUUGACAAUUAAAAUUUGAAUAAACAC